GAAAACUGCCAAAGAACGGCGAGCCUGGCAGUGACCUUGAUCCCGAACGUUGGUUGCCGAGGAAAGAACGUUCUUACUACAGGGGCAAGAGGAAGGAUAAGAGAAAGGAAAUCGGUAAAGGAACACAGGGCAUGACAGCAGCCACACAGGCCUUGGCUGAUUCUCUAGAUGCAAGCAAGUCAGCAACAGGUGGUGCUGCUGGUGGCGGCGGCGACCCAGCCUCACCGAGACCUUCAGCCUCCGCAGGCACUUCCUCUCCCCACUCCACCCCUACUCCCACCCCGGUCGUCCAGGGGCCGCGACAGCAAAAGCCUGUCCAAGCCAGCAAGAAGAAAAAGAAGACUGGUAAAGGGGGCAAAUGGUAG